AACUGGAAAAGAUUAUCUUUAAGAACUGAAUAGCUGUGUAAAUAGAAAUGUUUGCAGAAACGUAAUAGGUACAAAAUGUUUACAUUUGCCUAUUUUAAAUGUGAUUUGCCAGCACAGGUUUUCAUGACUUCUUUCUGCAAAGGACAAUAAAUAAAAAUUUGAUAUAUAGUGGAGCAAAAUCAAUAAAUACAAUGAUUACUAUUUUAUUAAGUCUUUUUGUAAAGUGUUCAAUAUUUUAUUACUCAGGCUGAAAUGCAUUCUCUGUGUGGGUGGAGACACAAAGAUAGGUCUAUUUUUUUUCUACCUCAAAGAGUAGAAGCAGUGUACACUGAAAGCCACUGGGGAGUUAGAAUUUGUCAGGGAGACAAGGGUCAUGAGCUGCUGAGUUUACCCAAAGCUGUUGCAGCCACUUUGGUUGUAGCCAAGGGGCUCAGGUCUCAGCAGUGGCUGUGCUGUGUGUUGCAUCUGAUUUUGUGUUGUCAACUUGCAUGCACUGGGCCUGGACUCUCUGAGGUGAUACAGUGCAGUAUCAGAUGAGGAAAAGGUUUUAUUUAUUACAAAAUACGAGGGAAAAAAUGGAGGAUGUGUUUUAUAAUCGCCAUACUUAAUGGGAAUUUCUAUUUUUAGAUUUCAUGCAGUUGCCUGUGACAACUCCUGUUGAGUAAACUGAGACUGGAACAUCUUGUAUCAGCUCUUGUACCUGUACCUGCCACGAUGAGAAGUUGCAUAAGAUUUUUUUGGAUCCCUGUCUAGCUGGUCCAUGUUUCCAAACUCUGUCUUGUAACAUUCCCAAGCAGCCAAAAUGAAGUUGAAGCAUAACAUCAACCCUGUUCUUCUACAGUUGAUAAACUUCAUAGUCCUGCUGUACUCCCUUGUAACAUACAUUCCAUGGUACAUUCUUUCAGGAUCAAAGCAAGCUAUAGCAAAAGCCAAGCAGGUUAAAGCCAGACCUGUGAAUAACAAGCCUGGGGGUGCAUACAGAUCUGUUAACAGUCUGCAUUGCUUAGCUUCAGUUUUAUAUCCUGGCUGUGAUACACUUGACAAAGUUUUUAAAUAUGCUAAAACUAAAUAUAAGGACAAAAAACUCUUGGGAACACGUGAAAUUCUGAAAGAGGAAGAUGAAAUCCAGCCAUCAGGAAAAGUUUUUAAGAAGGUCAUCCUUGGCAAGUAUACCUGGCUUUCUUAUGAAGACGUAUACAUUAAAGCUGUUAAUUUUGGAAAUGGUUUAGCAGUCUUGGGUCAGCAGCCAAAGACUAACAUUGCUAUUUUCUGUGAGACCAGAGCUGAGUGGAUGAUUGCAGCCCAGGCCUGCUUUAUGUGCAACUACCAGCUUGUUACUCUGUACGCCACGCUGGGAGGCCCAGCAAUCGUUCAUGGGCUGAAUGAAACAGAGGUGACCACCAUCAUUACUAGUAAAGAAUUGAUGCAAACAAAAUUGAAGGAAAUUGUUUCUCAAGUUCCACUACUGCGACAUAUAAUUACAGUGGAUGGCAAACCCACAACCUGGUCAGAGUUCCCCAAGGGUGUCAUUGUUCACACGAUGGCAUCUGUGCAAGCCAUGGGGGCCAAGGCAGGCACUGGAAACAAGCAGCCAUCCAGGCCUGUGCCCUCGGAUAUCGCAGUGAUCAUGUACACAAGUGGAUCCACAGGAAUUCCCAAAGGAGUUAUGAUCUCCCAUUGCAACAUAAUUGCUGGGAUAACUGGAAUGGCUGAGAGGAUCCCAAAUCUGGGGGAAAAAGACAUUUAUAUUGGGUACCUGCCCCUUGCCCAUGUUCUGGAGCUGAGUGCUGAGCUGGUGUGUCUGUCUCACGGGUGCCGCAUCGGUUACUCCUCCCCUCAGACACUGGCUGACCAGGAAAUUAUGGAUCGAAUCUACAAAAACGUCAUGAAUAAAGUGAAUGAAAUGACCAGUUUCCAGCGGAAUCUGUUUAUAUUGGCCUACAACUACAAAAUGGAACAGAUUUCCAAAGGUUACACUACCCCACUCUGCGACAGCCUUAUCUUCCGCAAGGUGCGGAUGCUGCUGGGCGGGAAGAUCCGCGUCCUGCUGUGCGGCGGAGCGCCGCUGUCGGCGGCCACGCAGCGCUUCAUGAACAUCUGCUUCUGCUGCCCCGUGGGCCAGGGCUACGGCCUCACCGAGUCUGCUGGCGCUGGCACCAUCACCGAAGUUUGGGACUACACUACAGGAAGAGUGGGAGCACCUUUGGUCUGUUGUGAAAUCAAGUUAUUGAACUGGGAAGAAGGUGGGUAUUACAACACUGAUAAGCCAUAUCCUAGAGGUGAGAUCCUUAUUGGAGGGCAGAAUGUGACUGUGGGCUACUACAAAAAUGAAGCACGAACCAGAAAAGAUUUCAGUGUUGAUGAAAAUGGGCAGAGGUGGCUCCAUACUGGAGACAUUGGAGAGUUCCAUCAUGAUGGAUGUCUAAAAAUUAUUGAUCGCAAGAAGGAUCUUGUGAAGCUGCAGGCAGGAGAGUAUGUUUCUCUUGGCAAAGUAGAAGCAGCUCUGAAGAAUCUCCCACUGGUGGAUAAUAUUUGUGCAUAUGCAAGCAGUUUCCAUUCUUAUGUCAUUGGAUUUGUUGUGCCAAAUCAAAAGGAGCUCGCUGAACUAGCCCGAAAGAAAGGAUUUAAAGGAACCUGGGAGGAGAUCUGUAACAGUCCUGAGAUGGAAAAAGAGGUUCUGAAGGUCCUAGCUGAGGCUGCCAUGGCAGCAAAUCUGGAGAAGUUUGAAAUCCCAGUAAAGAUCCGUUUGAGCCCUGACCCCUGGACCCCAGAGACUGGUCUGGUGACAGAUGCGUUCAAACUAAAGCGCAAAGAGCUCACGGCGUUCUAUCAAACGGACAUUGACCGAAUGUACGGGAAAAACGGCAAAUAAUCCUCCCUGCACCACUUGGCUACCAUGAGCUUGGAUCAAAUAGGAAAUACUUGAAUUGCCUGUCUCAACUCAACACUUGAGAUCAACACACAAAACCACCAUUCCUCAUUUCCAGCUUAAACUGUUCUUUCUAAUGACGUCACCAUGAUGACUGGCAAGUUUAGUAAAAUGUUAUGGCAGCAAACUUGUGUCUGUCUCCUUUUUUCCAGUUUUCUCUGCUACCUUGUCAGUCUGUGGAUUUUCCCGGGUCUUUUUGGGAAACCAUGAUUCUGAAGCCUCAAGUUUUUAAACAUUUAUAAAUCCUGUAUAAUGUUUUAUUUGUAUCUUUAAAAUUUGGAUGUAUAUAGAGAGGACUUGGCUAUAUAAGAAAUGGUUAUACUGGGGGCCUUUUUUUACCUAAUUAUUUAAAGAUAAGAAGGUAUUGAUGUUGUGACAUUAUGUACAUUGAAAAUGCUUGUUACAAGGUAAUUGUUGACCAGAGGACCAGGUUAUUUGCUGCUGUGCUAUUUUUCUAUGUAAAUCUGAGGGAGAAAAUGUUUGACAUUCCAGCUUGUGUAAUACACCUUCAAUAUGUGCCUAAUGGUUACUUUUAUUUUUAUCUGAAAGUGGAAAGAUGGUCGUGGCACAGCUCUGCCUCAAGGCAGGUAUUCUUGCAGGUGUUAGUUAAAGCUCUUUUAAUACAGAAGAUGCUAUUAACACAGAAGAAGUUAGACCUAAGAAUAAUCUCUCAGAUACAGAAACUCCUUUUUUAAAUAGCUCGUGACCAUUUCAUCCAGAGCUGAAUUGUGUAGUGCUAAUAUGAACUCUCAUUAAUUUCAUCUAACACUUUAGAAGCUUGACUGUGUCCUUCUAGCAAAGGGACUGUAGCAACCUUUGUCUUUUCUCAUUAGGUUUGGACAUUACAGUGGGUUUGCUCUUUCGUUGUUUAUGAAGGUUUGGCAAGACCCCUGCUCUGCCCUAGCUGCAACCCAAAUCUUCCUGGGGGGGAUUUUUAAAGUCAUAAUGACAGUUAUGUUCUCAGCUCACACAGUGCCUAGCUGCCCUUUGUGCCAUUAAAAAUCUCCCUUUGAUUCUCUGUUCUUUCGUGUAGUACUUUUUGCAUUAAAAGCAGAUAUUUGAAGCAUUUGUCAGCCAGAGUUAUUUAUGUUGCUUGGUUGUUACACCUAAUUCUUACUUUGGGAAGGAGUCUCAAUUUCUGUUUCAGUAGAGAUUCAUGGAUAUUGUUUGAACAAAUGUGGGGACUCUUCUCCAGUGAGAGUGUUCAGAUUUGUUUCAGAUGUGAAUUUUAUUUUCAAAAUAUUUCUGGAAAUAAUAAUCAGGGUUACGUGAGAAUGUGAAAAGGCAUACAUCAGUCAACUUUGUGGUGAAGCAAAUACUAAAAUGGCUUUAAUCUGGAGAUUACUCUUGUGUGUAUCGUUUACUUGUAGUACUAAAACUCAAGGUCCUGAUGCUCACGUAGUGCCCUGCUAUGGUAGCACAUAGCAAUGCUGAAGGCCAGAAGCUUAGUUUGGGAGAGGGAGUUCCUGCUGUUUGUCUUUGUGACAUGAGGUUCUGGGAGGUAUUUGAUGUGCAAAUUCUCAUUUUAUUAACCUCUGAAAUUUUUCUUUUUAAUUAAUGCUCUCCACUGAUUAUAGAAAACAGAUGCAUAGGAGUUGAAGGUUACCAAGCAGGUUCCCUGAUGAAAUGAUGAGGUGGCUUGUACUAAUUAUGGAUUUCCCCUGCUGCUGUCCAUGAAAAACUGUUAGCAUUUGGUAAAUUUGGUGUAAGUAAUCAAAUGGAAAUAGAAGCAACAGAAAGAAAUCAGAACCAUAUUUUUAAGAUUACUGCCUUUAGAUAUCCAGAUCAUAAAUUAAAACCUUGUGGCAAAAAGAGAUAAGGCAAAUGUUGAAAAAUGACUGAAGAACUCAAAUGUGGAAAAAUUGCCAAGGCUGUAGGGAAGUGUCACACCAUGUAUUAGACAUUACUAACACUUACAUGUGUAUCUGUGCUCCAUCAACAAGUUCUUAAAUAGAACUCAGCACAGACUGUACAUUGUUCAAAUAUUUUUGUGACUUUUAGUGAAAAUUAAUAAAUUGCUGAAGUACUAUGUAUAUCAAUUGGUGCGUUGUGCAGCAGAUUUAAGAAAAUAAAUCUGCUUUUGGUUGAACAAAUCUGAAUUUAGUAUUUUAUUCUGCUAAGGGUUUAAAUCCCCUUUUGAGAAAUCCAUAAAUGAGACUUCUAAAAUGGUUUGGAAUAGUACUUUUCUUUUUUCUAAUCCAGUCACAAGAUGGGGUUGCUGUCUAACUGUGCAUUUGAUUUUACCAUUCAGUUUUUUUAUGUUUAAAAUUGAUGUGAUAUAUAUAGUUCCUCUUUCAUUAGGCAUCAGAUUCAUUGUGGACAUUUAUUUCUUCUACAAAAUGUGAAAACAAAGCAGUUCAUUAAGUUUAGUCUCAGCGCUGGAGGUAGAAAUACUUUU